AUGCCUCGUCGAACUCGCUCAGCACCUCACUUUGAACACACCCUCGUGGACCUCGAGGAUCGGGUCAACAAGUCUCUCAUCGAUUCUUGUAAAGCCGAUGCAUGCGUUGAUAGGUUCCUCGUCCGCGUUCACCGGCUCAAUCCUUCCAUCCUUGAACAGGUGAAAUGUAGGUACUCCUAUGCCUAUCGGACUGGAAAUCCGGCAAAAGCACAGGAGGCAUUGGAAUGGAAUGGAGAGGGAGCCGAGGAGCUGCGCGAAAUUGCCUCUGAACUCCGGGAUAAUUUGAAUCGCCUUCGUCCGGGCUAUGUGGAGGAAGGCACUGAUAUUCUGACAAACAAGAGAGUGUUUCGAAGAAUGGAAAGCCGAUGGAAGGCUAUCGGCUCCAGGGUGGUCUGGGACCGAGACUAUCUGCAGCAAACCUCCGACAAAGAUAGUCCCCUUGAAGACAAUGAGAAGCCGGAGGGUAUGGAGACAGAUGAUGUGAAAAGAGAAGACGCCGAAGCAGAAGACACAAAAACUGAGGAUAGACCAAAAAAGAAACUUCGGGCAGAUGUGUGUGGGAGAAAAGGUCUCGCACACCCCGAUGCUUGUAUCAUGGAUCGACUCCUCGACACUUUGGGUGCGGCACGUGUGGCAACAGCGGAAGAGAAGAGCACCGGGGCUUCCUCCCUAGUGACCGGUUCCUUUAUGCAGGCUUGCCGGCAGUUGAGAUACGCAAUUGAGAGCGAAACCUUCUGGACCUACUUCCCCCGUGUGCAGGUGGUUCACUGGGGUGCCGAGCACGACUCCACCGCACAGAAGCUCACGCUGCCGGUGCCAAGUGAGACCAAUCAUUCUUCAAUUCAUGGGCCCCAAUCCCUUCUUGAUGCUUGCCAACCUGCGAGCUUUGGUAGGGGUGGACAGGACAUCCUUGACCCCGAAUACCGCCGGGCGGGCAAGCUCGACACUGACCGAUUUCUGACAAGCUUCCACCCAGCUGACUUUGGCAUAAUUGAGCUUAUUGAGCAGAUCCUUUUACCUGGGAUAAGCAGUGGGACUGAGAAUCGGCUGCAGUUCCGCAAGCUGAAGGCUGAGUUGUACAAGUUGAAUGUAUACUCGGGACCCUCUGGGCUUUUCCGCAAACACGUCGACACGCCACGCUCAGAGCACCAGAUUGGAUCCCUCGUGGUUUGCCUGCCAUGCGAGUUCGAGGGGGGCAACCUGACUGUGCAGCAUCACGGGCAGGAGACCAACUUUGAUUGGAGUCGGCAGAGUAGCUCUAGCAUCCAAUGGGCUGCCUUCUAUUCGGAUUGCGAGCAUGAGAUCAAGACGAUCAAAUCAGGCCAUCGCAUCACUCUCACAUACAAUCUGUAUGUACGGGAGAUGCCCGGUGCCAUACUCGCUCCCAUCCGUCCCGUCCUCGAUCCACAGACUCUCCCGCUCUAUGGGUUGAUCGAAAGUCUACUGACCACCCCUGGGUUUAUGAAUGAUGGCGGCGUGAUAGGGGUCUUCUGCUGCCAUGCCUAUCCCCAUUCCUCGGGUCUAGCCGAACUUCUACUUCCGCGUGCCUUGAAGGGCGCCGACCUUGUAGUCUAUGCUGUUUUCGAGGCACUCGGUAUAGACGUGAGCAUCCUCCCAAUCCUAGAACCCCAGGAAGACUCUGUAGGUUUUGAUGUUCCCGAGGAGAGUGGCCCCGAGCAAGGCCCGGACUCUGAGGAAGACUCAGACUCUGAUGGGGAGUAUUGGUCCCAGAGAUGCUACAACCGUUCUGGGCCACAAAAGUACCUGAAGGAGGGCAAAGAGUAUCCUCUCAAGUACAGCGAGUUGUACCCCUGGAAGUCCAGUAAUGGUCUUCUUGACGUGGAUCAGCACUGGAAGCGGCUAUUGUUGACACGCGAAGUACAUGACAUGAAAGAUGCCUUCGCGUUUGGAAAAAAGUACCAUCUGCCAAAGAAGCCAAACAGCAUUCACCGGGCAGGGCGUGCCCGUGUGGCCCCGCGUCUCCAAAGGUACUUCAACACUGAUCGCGGAGAGGAGGACCUCAAACAGGUGACCAACGAUGUCUGGCCGUCAUACACCCUCCCCGGAAUCACCUGGAUUAGCAAGCCCAAGCAUCGAGAGAUGGCAUUUUCUCACAUUUCCUAUGGCAACGAAGCUGGCAUCGGCACUUGUUAUUCCUGUGCGGCGAUCCUGGCCGCUAUUCCGCCCUUCAGUCAACGUUGUCACAGCGGGAAGAUGAAGUAGUCCAGGGAGAGUUCCAAAAGCCUCCUCGUGAAGCGAGACUGAGUGAAGAAAUAGCUACUCUCUCUUGAUGCAUUCUUAUGUAGUUGC